AUGAAUGACACUGUGACCAUCAGAACCAGGAAGUUCAUGACUAAUAGACUGCUUCAGCGUAAACAGAUGGUGAUUGAUGUUCUUCAUCCUGGAAAGGCCACAGUUCCCAAAACUGAAAUCAGGGAAAAGCUGGCAAAAAUGUACAAAACAACGCCAGAUGUAAUUUUCGUCUUUGGCUUCAGAACCCAUUUUGGUGGUGGCAAGACAACAGGCUUUGGCAUGAUUUAUGAUUCCCUGGACUAUGCAAAGAAGAAUGAACCAAAGCACAGACUGGCCAGGCAUGGCUUGUAUGAAAAGAAGACGACUCCGAGAAAACAGCGAAUUGGUGUAAACAGUAUCUUAACCAAGUGCAAGUUCACAGAUACAGUAAAGAUGCCAUCUGGAAUACAUAAAUCCAUGCUUGAAACUUGUCAGGGAGAACUGUUCCAUAAUAAGGUGCCCUAA